AUGGCUGAUAUUCACACAGAUCCUUCGGGGUCUUCAAAACGAUUUUCUGGUAUGAGAUCCCUAGCGAAGAGUUUUUCAACGUCGCUUCGUGGACAACAAGGUAGACCUCAGAGCCAAGUUGACGCUAAAGGACAGGCCCAUAGCGAUAAUGUACCGAACACGACGAUAUCAGCCCAAUCUCAGGCCCCACCUCAAGCUCAAUCUUUAAUGCAAGCCCAGGCAUUUGCUAAUGCUCAACUUCAAGCACAAGCCCAAGUUCAAAACCACGCUCAGCAACAGGGUAUUAUGGAUUCCAAAGAUUUCCUCGACGGAACUAUUACCCCUAGUAACCAAUCGAACUCAACUUCAAAUAGCAGCAGAAACAGCCUGAGUGGUCAAUCGUCAUCAUCUCGUUAUUAUAACAAAUCACUGAUACAUCAACAAAUUGUCGAUAACGAGGCUCUAGCAGAAGCCAAUGUCAAAUUAGAACAGUUUUCUCCUCUGGGAAACAAUAAUACAUAUGGACUGUCUUCAUUACCGACUCCACCGCCAACUAACCUUGGAGGAUACGAGACAAGUAGUGGGUCAAAGCAUAACUCAACAUCCAUGCCAGGUUCAGCUUCAACUUCUUCAGGACUACCAUCAGAUUCGAUUCUAGGAACUUCAUUGUCUACUAUGAGCACCGACAGUCUGUCAAACGACCCAUCGUCUUUUGAUAUCUCGGAACAUAUUCGUAUGGAACUAUUCGAUGACGAUGGAUUCACACAUCCAAGCGAAUCAUCUCUUUAUACAAGCCCUCAAGAUGCCUCGGGAACGUCACCCUCGUCUUCAGGCGACUCACCUCAUUCUCACAAUGGAGAAGAUGAGUAUAAAAAAGUUUGGAUCGCACCUGGAUCUAUGGAACUCGAUACUACUACUUCUCCAUUCCUAGCCUCUAGUGUAACUGGCCAAGUCGAUGAGUCUAGAUUAGAUGGAAUUCUCAUGCCUUCGACUGAUAUUUUGCCGAAGCAAGAGGUAUAUGUCCCGCCUCAGCAACUAAACAAUGUGGGUGAUCCAGAGUAUAACGAUAGAACCAAGGGUGAUGUUGAUGACAGCAGAAAUGGCAAUGGUAUUGUGAACUCGACAUCGAGCUCGACUCUAACCAAUAAGUUGCUUGAGAGCCAGGUGCCUACAAGACCCGAAUCUGGAUCGGAAAGAGAAAGCCAGAGUCCAUUUUCGAUGUCGACGUCACUGUCAUCAUCGCCGUAUUCUGACGGAAAGAGCAGUAGUAGCGGCCACAGCAUUGCCAACACUGCCAAUACCAGCAUUAUGAGCACCAGCGAUGAAAACGACGUCGCCAGCAACAGCGACAAACUUAGUACGGAAGAUUCUCAAUCAUACCCACCACCAAACUAUUUCCCCGAUUUCAAUCCAGAGGACUGGAAUGAUGUAUCUAACCUGAAGUAUAAACUGCAGGUAUCAGAACUGCCAGCAAAGUCUCGAGUGGAAACACAGAUUAAGCUAGUCAUGAAUUUCUACCCACCCCCACCACAAUCAGCAUUACACAUAGCAUCUGACACAAUAUCCAAACCCAAAUUACAACUAAAGGAUCCUUUUGUGCCAUCACCCGACACUCUGCAUUUAGAGACCAUAGUCGUGUGCCACAGCAAUGUACACCAUUACGCCAACAUGUGUAACGGAUGCAUCCGACGAGAACGCAAACGUGCUUCACGUAAGAAGGUUCGUCUCCCUGUUGAAGAGGCACACUGGUGUGAAGACACAGAAAAGCGAGGAAUAGUCUUCAACUGCAAAGAAGUCGUGGACUUUGGUGCACUCGAUGACAUCGAAGUCGAUGGCAGAACUGUCACGGCUCGCCAAAUCGAACUUCCCAUGCGUUUGGCAUGCUACUGCCGCCACCACAGCGAGAAAGUAGGCUUCAGGUAA